AUCGCAGCGCCCCCGAUUACCAUUCUCCUUAUAGGGAGCCGCAGCACUCAACUAUUCUCAUAGCAUCGUCGGAGAUGAGACGAACGACGUUACUCCGAGGAGCGGCAACAUCGCUAUGGUGACCGCUGUAGAUGAAGUCCAACCAUUAAAACCAACUAAUGGAACGGACACGCGCGAAGUCGGCGAUGGAUCGCCGAGAGAAAGAGGAGAAAGGAAUCAUCCUACUAAGAAAUAUCGCUCGAAAUCAGUUAUAUCUACCGAUCCACAGAGCCCUUAUUAUACAAGUAUGGGCCCGGGUAAACCGAUGGAUGUUGAGGAACGUUUAUGUAAAUCGCCCAGUGUGCCAUGCCUUCUCGGAUACGAUCAGUGUUCAAUGGGACAAAGAUCAUUGCAGGACUACAGAAAACAAGAUUCUAGAGAAUCUCAGAAGAAUAAUAAUGGUGAUAAUAAACAGAAAGCUAACGGGGAAUUACCUGGUGUACAUUUGUCACCCGAUGAUCCCAAAGUUGCUACAAUUAGGCAGCACUACUAUCCAGAAGGUGGUUGGGGAUGGGUUAUAUGUACCUGUGCCAUUUUAAUUCAUUGUUUAACUACCGGUCUACACUUCACUUACGGUUUUCUCAUCCUAGAAGCGCGUCGAAAAUUUGGUAAUGAAAUUGGAAUCGUCGAAGCAGUAUCGUUAGGAGCAAUGUCAACUUCAGUAACAUUAUUCCUUUCACCUGUGAUUAUUGCCGUUUGUCGAAGGAAAAGUACUAGAUUACUGGCAGUUUUAGGAGGUUUAGUAACGACACUUGGGUAUCUUUUCACCUCCUUUGCUUCACAGUUUCAUCAACUUUACUUCAGUUAUGGUAUCGUAGUAGGAUGUGGAGUCAGUAUGGUAAGAGAUACUUCCACAAUUAUGGUUGGACAAUAUUUCAAAAGGAAAAGAGAACUUGUAGAAAUUAUUGUCUUCGCUGGAAUGGGUAUCGGAAUGGCUCUGAUGCCUAUAUUUGUUACUAGAACUAUCAAUUCUAUAGGAUGGAGACUAGGACUUCAAGCUGUGACGGGCCUAGUAUUCGUCACAUUCAUACUUGGAAUCUUUUAUCGACCAGCAUCACUGUAUCAUCCUCAAAGAAGAGCGAUCCUUCACUUAAAAGGAUUACAAAAACGCUCUAAGGCAAAAGAUAAAAGUUCAAAUAAAGAAAGACCACCAUUCUUUGAUUUUGGAGUGCUCAAGUCCAGAACUAUUCAAAUUUUGAUGUGUGGAACUUGUUUCGCUGCCUUUGGUAUUAAUGUACCUAUAUUCCUGUUAAUCUAUCAAGGAGAAAGAGAAGGCAUCGAUAAUCAAUCUCUUCUCGUUCUUCAAGCGUUUAUUGGACUCGCUGUUAUACUGGGAAGUGCCUCUUUUGGGUUCGUUGUUGUUAAAAACAGUGUACAAUGUAUGAUAGCUAGACAAUAUUUAUGCCAAGCUGCUUCUUUUAUGGUUGGAGUCUCGUUAUUGGCAUUCACGGCAUUGGAAGAAUAUAACGGUUAUGUUUUAUUUGUAUGGAUAUAUGGGCUCUUCUAUGGAGGAUAUCAUUACUCGCUAAAGAUGUUCACUUUCGAAAAAGUUCGAGCUAGAAAUUUUGCAAGAGCAUGGGGAUUCGUGCAAUGGUGUCAAGCAUUGCCCAAUGUAAUUGGUAUUCCUUUGACAGGAUACUUGAAUGAAAAAUAUGGCUACAAAACUGGUUAUUAUUUAUCAUCUGCUCUGACACUUUUAGGUAGCAUCACUUUGUUUCUUAUCGACGUACAUAAAUGGAAAGUUCAACAGAGAAAAAUGAGUAUCUUUACAGAUAAUGAUAGAAGAUGCUCAGAUUCAUGUUAUAGCCAUCCUCAAAGUCGAAGAUCAUCGUAUCAAGAUUCAAUGAAUGGAAGCAAUGCCCAAUUAAAACGAUUUAAUCAAAGAAGUUUUACUUUCAGUAAUUAUGGCGACAUCAAAAAACCAGAACUGACAUGUAUAUCUGAAGAAGUAGUAAUGGAUAACAUCCUGGAUGAACUCGAUUGCAUUACUUCAUGCAAUAAGGAAGAGAAAUUUUUAAUGUUGAGUGAAUAUGAAAAUAAUUUGAAUAAGACUCAAGAAGCCCUCGAAAGACGUACAAAACCCAUGAAAAAAGUCAGUGUAAUAACUCCAUUCGAGCAAUGCCCAAACUGCCAACGUCAAAUUGCCAAUCAAGAAGAAUGCAAAGAUACAGUUUUGGUAAGUUCAGUAAGAAGAGGUCCAAGAGCAGUUUGCAGCGUAGAUGUUAUUGAGGAAGUCACUACUUCACUUUAGCCAUGUUAUAAGUAUCUCUUCAAAAGAUGAAAAUUCUUUAUUUUUUUCAAUUCACCAUCUAAAAAAACAAAAAGAAAAAUGCCAUCUAAAGAAAAUAUUACGUCUUCCACGACGUUUUUGAUUUAAUAAUCAAAAGUCUUCCUUAGUUUUGAAGACUUCAAAUCUAGUCCAAGAACUUAUAUAUGUGUGUAUAUAUAUAUAAGACUUUUGUUACUGUAUAGAUUUAUUAGGUAUUUACAUUUUUAGUCUAUGGAUUCUGUUAUUAUUGUGCAUACGUUACGUAUAAAUAUGCUUAACUUUGUAGAAAAAUUCCAGCCACGAGUUGGUUCAGACUGUGAUGUCUUAUUCAAUGGACUCGAAGAAUGUAAAAUAGUCCAUAUGAUUCAUGUUCUAUGUAUUUUACUGUAGAAAAUUGCUGCAGCCAUAUAGGGCAAUACAUUUCAGGGUAAUGUAUUUUUUAGUGUAAGAAAGCCAAAGAUGUAGAAGAUUGGAUUCGAAUCAUCUUGUAUAAGUCUACACUUUGUAUAGUUCGUUAUAAAACACUAAAAAAAACAAGAAAAAAAUCAUUGUUUAAUUUAUUGUUAAAAUGUUUCUCAGAGCUUUUAUAGGCCUGAUGUUGAUUAUAUAAGCUGAAUUAUAUAUAUAUAUAUAUAUAUAUAAACUGUUUUUCUGUCAUUUGUUGAUUGAAAGAAACGUAGGAGUACUAAAAGUAAUGUUGGAAAGUUGAAAAAAAAAAUUGAUUUUUUUAAAAAAAAGCCGAAUUAAUUAUUUUAAAAUCAGUUAUAAUUUUAAAAUUUUAAGGGUUUAAACUCCCUAAUUGUUAAAUCAGUUAGAAAGUUAUGGAAAAAAUUUGAAAGUGGCAAAAUAUAUUGAUGAAUUGUUGAUGAAUUGUUAUUGAUGAAUUGUUGAUGUUUAACUAAUACGAGAGAAAAUCAAAAAAAUUAAGCAAUUUUUUUAGAAAAAAAAACAGAAGUUAUAAACUGUUAAAAUAUUUAAAUAAAAAUUCUACGAUAUUGUUAGGAUUUUAGUAUAAAUAAAUGUAGAAUUUAAAUCAAAAUGCUGUUUGUUAUCUUGUUAUUUAUCUGAUAUUUUGUCACUUUCUAAAUAUUUAAGAAAAUAUAUUUCUAUCUUUGCUACAUGCGAAAUUUUUACUAGAGUAUAUUAUAUACAUAUAUAUAUGUUAAAAAAAUAUAUAUAUAUAUAUGAGCCUUUUAGUUCUCCAUUUCACCGACAGGUGGCGUUAGCAGGCAACGAAUGGCCGUCCAUUGAGUCAAAGCUAAGUGAUUUGUACAAGUAUUGUUCACUAUUUUCUUUGAUGUAGAAUAACAUUUCUGAA